GCCUCUUCCUGGGGCCCGGCGGCGGCGGUGGCGUGUUUCUGCCAUGGCUGGGGAGGUUCGCUGGUGUUACCGGGGAGACCCGCAGGAGGGGCAGAGCGCUCCGUUGGUUCAGUUUACAAAUGGGAAACUGAAGAAUUCUGAAAAUAUUAACUUCACUUUGUACAGAAGCAAAGACACCAAUAAUCCCAGAAAGAAAAAUUAUGCAAUUGUGAAUGCAGAAACAGAUCGGCUAUCUUACGUAGGAAAUAACUUUGGUGCAGGAGCCCUAAAAAGCAAUACCCUUUGCAGAUACUUUGUUGGUGUGUUAGAUAAACACUCUGGGCAAAUGGAUGUCUACAAUGCAGAGUUGUUCAACAUGCAGCCAUUGAUUUCAGAUGAUGUAGCAGAUAAUGACCUGUCAGAAUAUUUGGCUAAAUCCUAUAGAGAGAAGGUAGAUCUGUGCAUUGAAGCCUUUGGAACCAACAAGCAGAAGAGAGCCUUGAGUUCUCGGAGAACGAAUGAAGUCAGAAAGGAGGUAUUGAAUAAAGCAGUGAUUAAAGCUGCAGAAGAUAUCAUAGAGACAAAAGGUGUUGCUGCAUUGGUUAGUGAUGCAGCAGAAGAUGAGAAAAGUGAUGUUUCCUUGGUUCUUCCUCCAUGCCAUGAAGAUGCUAAAAAUCCAGAAGAUGUCUACAGGUUUGAAGACAUCAUUUCGCCUGCUGAAUAUGAAGCACUUCGGGCUCCUGCUGCAGUGUUCAUGAACAUAACCGCAGCUGACAUUCUCAAGAUGACUGAAGAGAAAAGCUACUGUUCCUUUGUCUUGGAUGAACUUAAAUCCAUGCCUUUGGAUGAGAAGAGCUAUGAUCACAAAGCACGUUGUCUCUGGUAUUUUGACUGCCUCAUCAAGCUGGGCUCACAAAAGGUCAUUAAAAAGAAACAUGCAAUGGGACCCAGUUGUCCAGAUAUCAUCAGCAACAAGCUCGUGAAAACUUUCACAGCACUAUCUUAUGGCAAUGGCAGGAUACAAAAUCUAAUUUCAGCUUCAAUGAAAGUUAAGAUAACAGCAUAUGCUAUAGCCCUGGCUUUGCAUAUUAACAAUUUUCAAACAGAUUUGACAAUCUUGCAGAGAGAUCUGAAACUGCGCGAUAGCAGAAUACUUGACAUUGCCAAGGCGAUGAGGCUGAUGAUCAGCAAAAGCAAAAGCCUCGCUGGAUUUGAGGAACACAGAUUAGGGACACUCUGCUUGCCUUUACCUGCGUGCAAGAUGCCCCUGGGCCGCAGGAAACGCAAAAUGAUUUAGACUGGCUUCUUUAGGGCUUACCACAAGCUGGACAAACUUACAGAUCAUCUGAAUAGAGUUACUGCCUCAUUGUCCUGAAAGGAAUGGAGAGAUUUGUUCUUGUAAUGAUAUCAUUUUGUUUUCCUCUUGAGGUAGUUUAGCAGAGAUCUGCACUUUUAUUGAAUUGCUACGUUGUCAUUUGAGAGGUCUGGACAUUUGGCAUCUUGGCUCAAAACAAUCAUAUUGGAAUUGUUUCCUCCAUCAAUACAAAAUAGUUAAAACAUGAGGAUGACUAUUUAAAAUGUUACUUAAUAUUUAUAUUACUAAACAUUUUAAGAAUUAUCUGGGCUUAAUCAUCUUCAUUUAAUUAUGUAUUUGUCUUUGCUGUAGCACUCACAAGUAAUCUGUCUACAGCUCUUGGGUUAAUUUUUGUCCUAGGCUCCCUUCAGCAUUUUAUCUCCCUUUUUAUAUAUAUAUAUAUAAAAGUGCACUUGAAGAUUCAGUUGCUUUCUUUAAAGUAGUGUAUGGUUUGAACAAAGUGAAUCUGAAUGCUGAAGUGUUAUGUUUUACCUCUGAUCAGUGCAUGGAAAGCAGACAAUUGCCAUAAAGAAGAAAAUGAUACAACAUUCUUCUCCAGUCUGGUUGCCUAUAAAUGUAUUGGACCUCAACUGCCAUAAUCCCUAGUCAACACAACUGAAUAAAUGUCGAUAGAGCAAUCCAGACUUAUCAAUU